CGCCACUUGCGCACCCUCAAACUUCUUCUUCUUCUUCAUGCAAGCUCUCUCUUUCAUCAUUACACUUCUUCAGUCUAUCAACGCAUCCAGAAGAGACUAACCAGAACUUAACGGCAAACAGCAUAGUAAAACGCAUUACAAAACUCCAACAAAACGCAAGCAGUCGCCACCAACCAUCGCACCCUAUCUUGAAAGAACUCACGCUGGAUAUUAAUUAUCCACAUAUUACAGACAGUCAAGCCCAAGCUUGAUCUCCCGCAGGUAUUUAGGUUACUUCCCACUCCAGGCACCUCUGGCCCAUCUACACGACAUCACUUCGCUCUACCAUGUCUAAAAGAUCAAGUGACUCUCCCCCAUCCAAAAAGUACAAGCGUCACGCGCAUACACCGUCAGGCUCCGGCGCGGUGCAGUCGCCAUUUGCGCUUGUUACCACCGACACAUGGCUCGGCUGCGGCCGCUGUGCGCAGCUCUUCGGGCUCACACCGCUCGCAAUAACGUCCUUUGAGGCGGUGCUCACGCACGACCCUGCCAACAUGGAGGGUCUCACGGGACUCGCAGCGGCGCUCCGUGCACACGACAUCGACCUCAACCAGACUCUUGGCACGCAAAAGGCUAUCGACAUGCUCACACGCGCGCUCUCCACGCAUGCGCGUGCGCUUGGCACACUGUUUGAGGUCUUCAAGGAGCUUGCGGAGUGCCACUUGCUUAUCGGACUCUCUGACCAGUCGCAGGUGUAUCUCCACAAAGCGCUCGAGCUUCGUCCAGAAGAUUCAUCGCUCUGGUUGUUAUCUGGCCAGCUGCUUAUCCGUCUGGGCCAGCCAGCGAAGGCAACAGAGUCGUUUAAGAACGCGCUCUUUAAGCUUCCACACCAGAAGCUCUCGCCAGAAGAGGUUGACAUUGCGCGUAGUGCGCACGCGGAGCUUGCAGCCAUCGCAGCUGCCGAGGGCAACAUCGAUAUGGCGACGCAGGAGCUCAUGGCCACGUUACACCUUCCACCACUUCCGCCGACGCGCAGCGACGAGCACGCCGCGCUCUGGUGCGCAUUACUGACCGCGCGCGAGCGUGCGGACGACAUCGGCGGCGCUAUUUCGGCCUGUGAGAACGGCUACCGUGCAAUCGGCCUGGAUCACCCGCGUCUUCUUGUUACAAAUGCCCACCUUCUCUUGCUUGCCUCUGCUCCGCAGUUCUACAACCCAGCCCUGGCAAUUGUACUUUUGGAGAAGGUUAUCGCUCAGGAGAAGGCCGCACCUGGCGGGCUCAACGAGGGUGAGGGCGACUUCCUCCCGUGGUACCUUCUCGGCAAGGCCUAUACAUUGGCGGACCAGCCAACAAAGGCGUACGAGGUUUAUCAGGUGGCUAUCACGCGUGCGUCGUCGUCGCCACUUCCGUGGUUGGCGGUUGGCCUGUUGUACCUCCAGCUUGCGCAGCUCAGCGACGCGUUUGAGGCGUACUCACAAGCCGCGAAGCUUCAGACGGAUGAUAACUCGCUCGCCAUUGCUCCCGCUUGGGAGGGGUUGUCGUGUGUGUAUGAGCGAUGUGAUAACCAGUUUGUGGACGCGGCGGAUGCAUGUCUCCGUGCAGCGUCUUGCUACCGCGCGUCGGGCAAUACGCGCGCGGCGGCCGAGGUUGAAGCGCGUGCACGCGAAUUGUCGCUUGCCGCGCGUAAAGAGGGUCCUCCGCCAGCAUUGCGCAAUCCGUCCGAAUUGCCUACCGCGUUACUCCGUGACUUGGUCAACGUUUCGCCGAGCGUCCGAAUCGAAACCGUCAAGCAUCAGCGUGAGUUGCACGCCAGAAACCAGCAGCAAGCACAAGCACAGGCGCAGGUGCAACAGCAGGCGCAGGCCAGACGUGGGGUCCAGUACCCGGCGCAGGCUGCGCGCCCGGUCGUUUUGCCACCUGUGGCUCCGGCUAACGGAAUCACUACUCCCCAGGUUCGUCCCGCCCAGCAAUGGUCGCCGAACGCGUCCAUGGCGCACCCACACCAGCCGCAGCCGCCAAUGGGGCCGACCCCAGGAGCAUAUUACUACGGGCCAGGUCAGUCGCUGCAACACAUGAUGUCGCCGCACCAGCACCCACCAGGACCGAUGCCCCGGGGGCCGCCAGAAGGGUAUCCACCGGGACAGCACUUUGUGCCGGUGGGACAGUCCUAUCCACCACCACAAUGGAGGUAGCGAACGAUGCUCGUGAGCUUUUUGGCAAGCCAUUCUAUUUUGGCUUGGGGUUGCCUUCUAAGGCUUUCAUUGUUGAAGCAUUGGUGACGUGUUGUUUACAACUCAUUUGCAAUGUUCUCUUGGAGUUAUGCAAGUUUUGUCCAUUUUUGUAUAACUAUAAUAAUGAAGUUAUGGAA